UUUCCCCCCCUGGACCUUAUGUAUAUGGUACCGGCAAUCUUGGGAAGUGGUAGGGAGGCUGGUAGAUGAUAGCCACAGUAGGCUUGAAGUCCCAGCACCUGCAGUGUAGCCGAUCACGUGUGUCAGUUUAGUUGAUGUAUCUACCUGCAUCAACAGCCCCGUCAGCCAGCUCGCUCUACCUUACUUACCCUUGGAUUUACAACAUUGACCAAGCACAGCUCUCCCUGCAUCUCCCCCCAAGACAGCCAUGUUCCCCCAAACUCCGAUCCUAUCUCUCCAAGCCUCCUCCCUGGGCCCCCUCCUGCACCUUCCAAAUCCUCUCCGACCUCCACCUCGAACUCAACCAGCAAUAUCUCUCUUAUGAGAUUCCUGCUUGCGCUGAACAUUUGAUCCUCGCAGGCGACAUCGGCCGUCUGGCUGACUACAAGCAUUAUCGCGAUUUCUUGCAAAGACAAACAGACCGCUUCAAGGUCGUCCUACUAAUCCUCGGCAACCAUGAGUUUUACGGCCUGUCGAUCGCCGCGGGGCUGGACAAGGCCUGGCAGCUGGAGCAGGAGCCCUGCCUGCACGGACGGCUGAUCGUCCUCAACCGGACACGAUAUGAUGUCCCGGGAUUUGAUGUCAGCGUGCUGGGCUGCACGUUCUGGUCCCACGUGCCUGAUGAAUCGCGCGAGAUUGUGCAGGCGAAGAUUCAAGACUUCCGCAAAAUCACGGGUUGGACCGUGGCAGGCCACAACGCGAUGCACGACGCUGAUCUCGCGUGGUUACAGAAUGAGAUCCAGUCGAUCCGUCGGGAGGCUCAUCACGAUAAGACGAUGACACGGGCAGGAAAGCCCUGUAUUAGUCGUCCCAGGCGGUCGAUUCUCGUGGUGACCCACCACGCACCCUCACUCGAAAGGACAUCCGCCCCGCAACACGCGCAGAACCCUUGGAGAUUUGCAUUUGGCACGGAGAUCCUAUCUCAGACUUCCGAGGGGGUAAAAGUGUGGGUGUUUGGGCACACGCAUUACAGUGCUGAGUUUAGGGUGGGCGAGGUCUUGGUCGUUAGUAACCAGCGGGGAUAUGUGUUGCCUUGGAGUCCAGCGACUGCAGAGACUGCAUUCGAUGUUAGAAAGGUAAUACGUCUCUCAUGAGUCGGGGGUGAAACUCAUAGAUCUAGUCAUACAGAGCCAUCCUGGGGAGUAUUAUACUCCGGAUGCUUGGGAUUGAGGGGCACCAGGAAGCUGAAAGAAAG